UCCCGCCGCCGGCCCCAAAUGGAUUAUCUGCGGCUGGUGCUCUCCUGCCUCGUCCCCCUGCACGGCUGCCUGGCCGCCGGCAGCGCCCCAGAGCUGCUCCUGUCCGGCAAACUCCGCGAGUAUGGUGUGAUCGUCCCGUUCAGCACCGAUUGCCGGGGUCGCUUCCUCUCGCACGUGGUGUCCGGAGAGGCGGUGGCGGGGAUCGGCGAUCCCGCCUGUCCCCCCGAUCCCUCCCCAUCCCACCGCCGCGUCCCCCGCAGCCCCCCAGAUGAGCCCCCCCAGCGCCGCUUGCUCUACUUCAACGUCACGGUUUUUGGGAAGGAGCUGCACCUCCGGCUGAGGCCCAACCGGCGGCUGCUGCCCCCGGGCGCCGUGGCUGAAUGGCAGGAGGAUUUUGAGGUGCUUUUCCGGGAACCCCUCCAGCAGCGGUGCCUUUUCACCGGCGACAUCUCCGGCAUGCCCGGAGCCGCCGUGGCCAUCAGCAACUGCGACGGACUGGCUGGCUUGAUUCGGACAGACAGCAACGAGUUCUUCAUCGAGCCCCUGGAGAGGGGGCAGCAGGAGAUGGAGGAGCACGGGAGGGCCCACGUGGUGUAUCGCCGGUCAGCCAUCCGGCAGGACAGCGCCGCGCCGCGCCACGACCUCCACCCUGAAGUGCCCGGGGUGCAGGUGGGUGACCUCCCCAACUCCCUGGAGCUGCUGACGGAGCGCCUGGGGGACACGGAGCGCAAGAGGCGCCAUGCCAGGAAGGAUGACUACAACAUCGAGGUCCUGCUGGCUGUGGAUGACUCAGUCGUGCGCUUCCAUGGCAAGGAGCACGUCCAGAACUACGUCCUCACCCUCAUGAACAUAGUGGAUGAAAUUUAUCAUGAUGAGUCCCUGGGUGUUCACAUCAACAUCGUGCUGGUCAGGAUGAUCAUGGUGGGGUACCGGCAGUCGGUCAGCCUGAUAGAGCGAGGGAACCCGUCCCGGAGCCUGGAGCAGGUGUGUCGCUGGGCUCACUCGCAGCAGCGCUCGGACCCGGAGCACGCCGAGCACCACGACCACGCCGUCUUCCUCACCAGGCAAGAUUUUGGUCCCGCAGGUAUGCAAGGCUACGCUCCAGUGACGGGGAUGUGCCACCCUCUCCGCAGCUGCACCCUCAACCACGAGGACGGAUUCUCCUCGGCGUUUGUGGUGGCCCAUGAGACCGGACACGUGUUAGGCAUGGAGCACGAUGGGCAGGGCAACCGCUGCGCCGACGAGACCAGCAUGGGGAGCAUCAUGGCCCCGCUGGUCCAGGCCGCCUUCCACCGCUACCACUGGUCCCGCUGCAGCAAACAGGAGCUCAACCGCUACAUCCAUUCCUACGACUGCCUCCUGGAUGACCCCUUUGAGCACCAGUGGCCCACAUUACCCGAGCUGCCAGGCAUCAACUACUCCAUGGACGAGCAGUGCCGCUUCGACUUCGGCGUGGGCUACAAGACGUGCACGGCGUUCCGCACCUUCGACCCCUGCAAGCAGCUCUGGUGCAGCCACCCGGACAACCCCUACUUCUGCAAGACCAAGAAGGGACCACCCUUGGAUGGGACUGAGUGCUCUCCGGGCAAGUGGUGCUUCAAGGGCCACUGCAUCUGGAAGACGUCGGAGCAGCCAUACAGCCAGGACGGCAGCUGGAGCUCCUGGUCCAAGUUCGGCUCGUGCUCCAGGACCUGUGGGGGAGGUGUGCGAUCCCGCAGCCGGAGCUGCGACAACCCGCCCCCGGCAUACGGUGGGCGCCACUGCCCGGGUGCCACCUAUGAGUACCAGGUGUGCAAUGCCGAGGAGUGCCCGGGGCCCUACCAGGAUUUCCGUGCCCAACAGUGCUCCAAGCGCAACUCCUACUACACCCACCAGAACAGCAAACAUUCCUGGCUUCCCUACGAGCACCACGAUGAUGCUCAGAAGUGUGAGCUGAUCUGCCAGUCUGAGGGCACGGGGGACGUGGUGUUCAUGAACCAGGUCGUUCAUGACGGGACCCGGUGCAGCUACCGAGACCCCUAUAGCGUCUGUGUCCGGGGCGAGUGCGUGCACGUGGGCUGUGACAAGGAGGUUGGCUCCCUGAAGCAGGAUGACAAGUGUGGGGUCUGUGGGGGGGACAAUUCCCACUGCCGGACGGUGAAGGGCACACUGGCCAAGACCCCCAAGCAGUCAGUAGGUGUUUUGAAGAUGUUUGAGAUUCCAGCUGGAGCGAGGCACCUUCAGAUAGAAGAGGUGGAGCCGGCGUCCCACAGCAUUGCUGUUAAGAAUCAAGCCACGGGUAACUUCAUCCUGAAUGCCAAGGGCAAAGAAGCCAAAAGCCAAGUGUUCAUUGAGAUGGGCUUGGAGUGGGAAUACACUGUUGAACAGGACAAGGAGAGCCUGAAAACCAGUGGUCCCCUGCAUGAGGCCAUCAGUGUUUUGGUCAUCCCUCAGGAGGAGGAGGCGAGGAGUAGCCUGAUGUACAGGUACAUCAUCCACGAGGACCUGCUGCCCAUGAUCGGAAACAACAACGUCCUGCUUGAGGAGAUGGAUUCCUACGAGUGGGCCCUCAAGAGCUGGUCCCAGUGCUCCAAGGCGUGUGGAGGAGGCAUCCAGUACACCAAGUACGGCUGCCGUCGGAAAAGCGACAACCGGAUGGUGCACAGAAACUUCUGUGACAACGGCAAGAAGCCGAAGCCAAUCCGGCGGCGCUGUAACCUCCAGGAGUGCUCCCAGCCCAUCUGGGUGGCCGAGGAGUGGGGUGCCUGCAGCCGCUCCUGCGGGAAGCUGGGGGUGCAGGCGCGGGCGGUGCAGUGCGUGCAGCGCCUGCAGGACGGCACCAACCGCACCCUGCACACCAAGUACUGCCCCGGGCAGCGCCCCGAGACCCGCCGGCCCUGCGCCCGCCUGCCCUGCCCCGCCCAGUGGAGGACGGGAGCCUGGUCCGAGUGCUCAGCGACCUGCGGGGAGGGUGUCCAGCAGCGGCAGGUGGUGUGCAAGGGCAGCGAGAGCGGCGGGCGCUGUGAGGGAGACAAACCAGAGGCCAUCCAGGGCUGCCACAUGGCCCUCUGCCCAGGGAAGCUCUCUGGCAUCACCACCAGUGCCGACGCCGGUGACCACAGCCCCACCAAAGGCCAGCGGGUGCCCCAGGAUGGAGCCAAAAACCCCGUUAGCAAGAUCUCCUCUAGGGAGCCUUGCCUCGGGGACAAGUCCAUCUUCUGCCAGAUGGAGGUUCUGGCUCGCUACUGCUCCAUCCCUGGAUACAACAAACUCUGCUGUGAAUCCUGUGGCAAGAAAGCCUCCUCCACCACCAGCUCAACCCCCGUCACCGGCCCCAGCGCUCCCUCGGGAAUCACCGCUCCCAGCCCCGCUCCGGCACUCUCCCCAUACCCCACACCGGGUGGGGACCCCACUCCAACACCUGGGAUAUCCAGCAGUGGUGCUUUCCCUGGGGGGCUGCCGGCCCCGAGUGAGCCGAGCAGGGGCCAGGCAGCCAGGUAACCCACUUGGGGCCACCUCACCGUGGGGCAGGGGAAGCCUUUCUCUCUCCUUCCCUCCCUUUUCCCCCUUCUUUUUCCUCUCUCCCCCCACUUCUAGCGAUGGUUUUCGUGGGUGACACUGCCAGGUUUGGAAAUGACCUGGCUCCACACCCAGAAAUUCCCAGGAAAACCACUUAUUUCUUGUGAUCCCCCUUGCCCUCCCGACCGUGACGUUUUUCUGACAACGCCAUGGAAAAAAAAGGUGAAAAGGAACAAAAAAACACUGUGGGUAGACAGGCUGCUUCCUCCCAAGGUGCUAAAAAGAUUUGGGAAGAGAGUGGCUUUAAUAUUGCUUUUUCCUUUCCCUACUCCAAGCAGCAACACAGGAGAGGAGGGUCCUUGGCAGCUCAGCCUCAGAGCUUGUGGGGGUAGCAGUGGGAGGAUACUGGGAAUCUGAGGGGGCAAGGAACUGGAGGGAGGUGGUGAGGGGAGGGGGAAUUGUGGGAAAAUCCCAAAAUGCUGCUCUGGGCUGUCCCUGUUGGGGUAGAGAGUUUUCGAAACCUGUCUGGGAGAAGGUGGAGCGUGAAAAACAUAGAGCAGCUUCUGUCCUGGAGGCAGGAAAUGGUCCAGGAAAUUCCAAUGUGAGCAAUAAGAACCAGGUCAAAGACCAAAAAUUGAUGUAAAAAAUGCCUGUCACUUGGGAGUGACUUUUUUAGCCAAUACUGCCCUUGGCCAGCCUUGAGCUGAUAGCGAUGCCCAGCCUCCCCAGGACAACCAGCCUCAUCCCUGCACCUUGUACCCAGUGCCUGUAGGGCAUCAACACCUGCUGGAGGGAAGUGGAGGUGACUGGGAAACAGGAAGUGGAUUUUAGGGGCAGUUAGAAAGCGAGGAGGGAGGAAGAUUCAUCUGCAUCUUUUGUAGCGUGGGAAGGAGUGAAAGGGGGGUGAUUAAUGCCAUUAAAAAUUAUAGUGCCAAGUAGUAAAGGUAUGCACAGCACUUUAGGAACCUCGGGCCGGGCACACCUUGCCAGGUGUCAGGCCAGCUCUGGGCACAGGGUCUGCCUGGAGGAGUUACAGUCCUUAAAACCUCCCCAGAAUGGUGUCCCCGAGGGGGCUGCCCUGGUUUUGGUGUUUACGGCUGUGCAGCCUCCCAGCUGAGGGCGUUGGGCACCCCCAGGUGCAGUGGCAGGGGAAGGAGGGUAUCCAUGGUGGUGAGUGCUGCCCUAGGGAGGAGGAUUUGGGCACAGAGAUGGAGUCUGAGGAAGGCAAGGCUUGGCAGACGGACCAGUUUGGAAUUGCAAAGUGGGGAAUGUCUUGGCAGCACGUGUGUGGUGUGGGUGCAUCCGCUGGCCCUGUUGGUGCUGCUUCCCUGGUGUCCAAGGAGCAGGAUGGGGCAUCCCUAGGGACAGUGUCUGUAAGCUCUUCGGGUGUCUGGGGCUUGCUGGUAAAGUGGCCUGGGGUGACUUUUCUGGUCUGGCUUGGAUUGCAGCAGGGGAGGGGUUGAGAUACCUGCUUUGGCUGAAAUGGAUGGAGACCUCUCUGUAUUCCUAACUGGACACUGCCACACUCCCCCAGAGCUUCCCAGCAGCAUAAAAAGGGCUGAAGAGAUGUGAAGAGGGUGGCUUGUUCACCCUACUGCCCCCAGAUCGCUGCCAAGUCACGGCUGGACACACAUUUAUCCAACUACUCUCAAAGCACCUGAGGCUGCAGGUCCCCUGCUCCCAGGUGCUGCCCUUUGGCAUUAGGUGGGCAUCCCAAAAGAUAGGAAAAAAGCCCCCCAUCUGUCUGAGCCAAGCAACUGGCACACCUUGUGGGAGCGGGCACGUGGAGGGUGCCUGGGGGGUGCCCAGAUCCAAGUCGUGCAGGUAUUGGCACCCACAGGACCCACGAGGUGCUGUGGGUGUGCCAGGGCGGGAUUCAUCCCUCAGAUCGCCGGGCCCCUUGCCAGCCUCUCCACUGCCCUCCACGGGAGUGCCAGCAUUUAUUUAUUGUGCCAAAGAUAAUGCUUCGUUUACUGUCCAAGGAGCAUAAGAGAAAGACCCCCUUCCCCCUCAAAAAUGGGCUGUGAUGUUCUUCCUCCCAAAUUCCCAGCUGCACCCCCAGCCUUCCCCCCUCUUCAGUGCUGGCCUGGGCAUUGGUGCUUUAUUGCAUUAGGAAUAUUUGCAGUGGUUCCUUGUUGUACCUCGGAGCAGAGGCCCCUCACACCCCACAGCUGGGGUCCCCUGGGGGGAAUUUAGGCAAGGGGAGCUGCGCUGCAGGUGCUAACCCUGACCUCAAGCUGAGAGGUGGGGGAGAUUCAAAGCAGGGUGUGAUAAUCCCCCCCCCCCCCACUGCUCUGGGGCGGUGAUGCUGCAGGGCUGGCACCCAGCACUGGGUACUUCAUGGAAUCCUGGAAUGGUUGGGGUUG